GUUGAUUGCCUUUCGUUAAACGUUUUUAUAGUGUUAGUAUAGCAUCGAGUGCGUGAACACAUAACACAGAUGGCUCGUUACGAGAUCGGAAUCAUCGGUGCUGGCGUGUCCGGUAUCUGUGCAGCCAUACAAUUACAGAAAAAAUUUGGUUCAUCGCUUUCAUUCACAAUAUUUGAAAAGAAUCGAGAUGUAGGGGGAACAUGGUUCAGUAACGUAUAUCCAGGAUGUGCGUGCGAUGUUGCUAGUCAUUUCUACAGUUUUUCAUUUGAAUUGAAUCCAAACUGGUCCAAAAACUACCCAUCACAACGGGAAAUUCUGGACUAUCUGAAGCGUCUCACUGGAAAAUACAGCAUCAGCGAGCACAUCAAAUUUCAGCACGAAGUGAAAACGAUUUGCUGGAACGACGAACUGAUGAAAUGGAUGGUCCGAUAUGUGGAUGGUUCUGUGCCGAACGCUGGAUCCGAGGAAACACGAUCGUUUGAUAUCAUUAUAAAUGCACCAGGCGCUCUUCGCAUCCCACUGGUUCCAAGUGAGUUUGAUGCAUUUACUGGACCCAAAAUGCACACGGCCGAGUGGAAUAAGGAAAUCGAUUUGAAGAAUAAGAAAGUCGCUGUGAUUGGCAGCGGUGCGUCUGCGGUUCAAAUUAUUCCCAGAAUUGCGGACAGUGUGGAGACUUUGCAUUGUUACCAACGGAAACCUCCGUACAUUUUACCCAGGCCACAGUUCAAAUUUCCGAAUUUUGUGAAAGCAAUUUUCAACUGGCUCCCGUUGGUCAUGUGGUUGUAUCGAUUUACAUUUUAUGUGCUGCAUGAGCUCCUGUAUGGUCUUUUCACACCCGAUUCCGUUCUUCACACGCUCGGCCACAAAUUAACGAAAACAUAUCGUCGACGUGAACUCAAGGAACACCAACACUUACUGGACGAUAUGACUCCCAAAUACAGUUUCGGCUGUAAGAGGGUCAUUCUGUCGGAAGAGUACUACGAUGCCAUGGCCCGUCCGAAUGUUCAUCUGCAUUCGAAUCACAUUGACAAAAUUUCCGAACGAACUAUCUACACCAAAGAUGGAUCAAAGGAAGAGGUGGAUGUACUGAUACUCGCCACUGGAUUCCGCACGAAUGAUUACUUCAGUCCAAUGGAAGUCAUCGGAAAGGGUGGCAAAAACGUACUUCGGUCAUGGACUGACGAUAGACCUAGAAGUUACUAUGGCGUUGCGUUCAGCGAUACGCCCAAUUACUUCUACCUAUUCGGACCCAAUACGGUUCUCGGUCACAGUUCCGUCAUCUUCAUGAUAGAAUGUCAGGUGAAUUUCAUAGCGAGCGCCAUCGCUGAAAUGGUUAAACGAAACGCAAAAGUGAUAAAUGUGAAAGUGUCGGCGGAAGAUGAGUUCAUGGACCGGCUGGACAGGAAUAUGAAAGAGACGAUUUGGGGCAGAGAAAGCUGUGGUUCGUGGUAUGCCAAUCCGAGGGGCGAUAUUACCAUUCUGUGGUCGAGCACCACAUCGAGUUACUGGUGGCAGAUGAGAAACAUUAGUUGGUCGAAAUUUGAUUUUCUGUGAUUUUCGGGUGAAUUUUGCGGUUGUAUCAGAUGCUAUUAUGUAAAUAAAUCAGGAGAUUCGAUGGGAAAA